ACAAGAGGCCGCGUCAAGGUCUUCACCACAGACCCCCCAAGACCAAGCUCAGAUCUCUUGCAGAAAGUUGUCAGGCCAGAAAAGAAGGAACACAGAGGAGGGAGACUCUGGGACAUCAAACGUAGGACCUACUGCACUGGUGAAUUGGGCGACGGUGACAGGAUGAGUCUGUCUACUCCAUGCUGGAGUGUAAGGUGUUUGGGACACAGUGGGUGGAGA